AUGCCCCUAAACGAUGCUACUAAAUGCCACCUGGAUGAUGCUGACAGAAUUCCUUGUGGAGAGCCUGGCAUAGACGCAUCUCAUUGUGGUGCUAUAAACUGCUGUUUUGAUGGCCAGCAGUGCUACUAUGGAAGAACAGUAACUGUCCAGUGCACAAUAGAUGGCCAGUUUGUGCUGGUAGUGGCCAGGGAUGCAACUCUUCCCAGGAUCAGCUUGGACUCCAUCAGCCUGUUGGGAGGAAGUGAUGGACCCUGUGGUGUUGCUGACUAUAAUGCUGACUUUGCUAUAUACCAGUUUCCUGUAACUGCUUGUGGCACAAGAGCAACAGUGCAAGGGGACUAUGUGGUCUAUGAGAACAAAAUGGUGUCUUCCUAUGAAGUUGGAGUGGGACCCCUUGGUGCCAUCACAAGAGACAGCCAUUAUGAGCUUUACUUCCAGUGUAGAUAUUCUACUGGAUCCCUGGCUGUUGCUCUUUCAUCCAAUGAUCCUCCUCUACCUGUAGUGGCUUCUGGUCCCCUCAGGGUAGAGCUGAGACUUGGCAAUGGACAGUGUGGAAGGUGA